UCCAACUUUCAUUGCCAUUAACAUCUCUGCUCUCUCAGCUCCAACUCCGGCUUCUUCUCCGACCAAACAUGACUACACAAGCGCCGGACACGUCGUCUUCGUCUUCGACGUCGAAGCAAAACGGUGUUCAUGAUCACGUUCAAGUUAGUGAAGGUACUACUACUAGAGUGCUUCCGAAUUUUCUUCUAUCCGUGCGGCUCAAGUACGUGAAGCUCGGGUAUCACUACCUCAUCUCCAACGCCAUGUACUUCUUACUCGUCCCGCUCCUCGUUGUGACUUUUGCUCAUCUCUCAACCCUAACUGUUGAAGACUUGGCUCGUAUAUGGGACCAGCUCAAGUUCAACUUCGUCUCCGUCACCGUCUGCUCCAGCCUACUAGUCUUCCUGACCACCGUCUACUUCACCACCCGGCCGAGGAAGGUGUACUUGGUAAACUUUGCGUGUUACAAGCCAGAGAACGAGCGCAUGUGCACUAGGGAAAUCUUCAUGCACAGGUCCAAGCUGACCGGGAGCUUCUCCGACGAGAACCUGGCGUUCCAGCAAAAGAUUCUAGAGCGCUCCGGCCUCGGACAGAACACGUACAUGCCCGAGGCUGUGCUCAGGGUUCCGCCGAACCCGUGUAUGGAGGAGGCUAGGAAGGAGGCAGAGAUGGUGAUGUUUGGGGCGAUUGAUGAGCUGCUGGAGAAGACGGGAGUGAAGCCUAAGGAUAUUGGGAUUCUGGUGGUGAACUGCAGCUUGUUCAAUCCAACGCCAUCUCUGUCCUCCAUGGUUGUGAAUCAUUACAAACUCAGAGGGAACAUUGUCAGCUACAAUCUUGGUGGGAUGGGUUGCAGUGCUGGCCUCAUUUCUAUCGAUCUUGCCAAGCAGCUUCUCCAGGUGCACCCUAACUCAUAUGCCUUGGUGGUCAGCAUGGAGAACAUAACCCUCAAUUGGUACUUUGGGAAUGACCGCUCUAUGCUCCUCUCCAACUGCCUCUUCCGGUUGGGUGGAGCCGCCAUCCUCCUCUCCAACCGCACCUCCGACCGCCGUCGCUCCAAGUACCAACUCAUGCACACUGUCCGAACCCACAAAGGCUCAGACGACAAGGCGUACAACUGUGUGUUCCAAAAGGAAGAUGACACCAAAAGAAUAGGUGUUGCGCUCUCAAAAGACCUAAUGGCCGUAGCCGGAGAGGCACUUAAAACGAACAUCACUACACUCGGCCCUAUAGUGCUACCUAUGUCAGAACAACUCCUAUUUUUUGCUACACUGGUGGCAAGAAAGGUGUUCAAGAUGCAUAAGAUCAAACCAUACAUUCCUGAUUUCAAGCUGGCAUUCGAGCACUUCUGCAUCCAUGCCGGUGGGAGAGCAGUGUUGGAUGAGAUGGAGAAGAACCUCGAGCUCACUGAUUGGCAUAUGGAGCCUUCGAGAAUGACACUUAACAGGUUUGGAAACACUUCUAGUAGUUCAUUGUGGUAUGAAUUGGCUUACUCUGAGGCUAAGGGAAGAGUGAGGAAGGGUGAUAGGAUGUGGCAGAUUGCGUUCGGGUCAGGGUUCAAGUGUAACAGUGCUGUGUGGAAGGCUUUGAAGACUGUUAAUCCAGCAAAGGAAAAGAAUCCUUGGAUUGAUGAGAUUCAUCUCUUUCCUGUUGAGGUGCCUAAAGUGGCAGCCAUUAAAACUUGACUGAAAUCGAACAAUUUGUUUGGGGAGACAUUGUAUGAAUCAACGUCUAUAGAAGUACAAACUGAUCAUACUCGCCCUUAUUUUUCUCUAUGUUUGUAAUUCGUUACAUGUAAUUCUUUUGAAGAUGUAUUGGAUAAUUUGUACAUUGAAUGUACAACAUGCAUGUUUAUACAAUAUU